UAGAAGAAAGAAAUAGAAGAAAACUAUAUCAGUACCAUAAACAAUUUACUUUGCUCAUAGUUUGUUGCACGUAAUCUUUAUUUACAAUUUCACGAAAACAUAUUUUAAUAAUUUACGUUCGUACAUUUAUUACUUAAUGAAUUAUGUAAACAUUUUAUGAAAAGUUGGGGACAGCGACCGGGUCGCUGCAGACGCAAGUUAUCAGUGAAAGUUCGUAAAAUGUCGCGGGGGUAAUUUGAGUAACCUGGGAAAAUAAUACCAAAACAAUGGUUCCUGCGCCGAGUUGCCCGUUUACGUGGGACUACUGGACGGCCUCGCCGUCAGAUGUGGUGGAGCUCACGUGCCUGCUGCCGAACUCUGUUUACAUUCCUCUGAGGAUAAGCUGGGAUGCCACUCUUCAGGAUGUCAAAGAGGACAUAUGGGACAGGGCCGUCAACUAUCCCCUCUUUGGGAUGUUGCACGAGAUGUCCAGCUACGUCUUCCAGUUCGUCAACUCUUUGGCGGUACUGGAGGAAGUGGACGAUGAGAACAAGCGCAUCCGUGACAUAAAGCCAGUAUGCGGUGUGCUUAUGAUCGUCAAGAAGUCCAUUGAAAGACCUGGAGAGCAGUUGCUGAACACACAUAUUAGUCAUUUAAUUGGAAAGCGCCUCAAUGAAUUCGACGACAUCCGAAGUUCGGAAGUCAAUGACUUUCGGAUGCGUAUGCGAUACCUAGCCGAAGAGAGCCUCUUCAAGCGAGCACAGAGUACCAGGCUCGAGAGACUCCGGUACCAGUGCCCUCCGAGACUGGCUGAUCAUCCAGAGACGCCGACCACUUUGAAUACGAACCUCAAUCAACACUGCUUCUUGCUCGUCACCAAGUUUGCAAACUCUGAGGUACAAUUCUCAUCAAGCGUCCCCGCAACGCGAACCCCACAGCAGCACAUAGAAGCAAUCCUACGCAAGCUAGCCAAUUCCUUGAACAUGCGCGGUGAACAUCCUCACAACUACGUUCUGAAGGUGUGCGGACGCGAGGAGUAUCUCUUCGGAGACUACCCCCUCAUACAGUUCCUGUACAUCCAGGAGAUGCUCGCGACGGAUGGAGUGCCUCAAGUCAUGACGGUCAGCAUGGAUAAACUGCCGUUGACGCUGAACCGUGACCUACCCUACUAUCCAUACUGCUUACCGGAGCGACGGCGUCUGACAUCGGAACACUCGAACACGAUGCGACGCAAGAAGAACGAGUCCGCGUGGAAUAUAGACAAGUAUUACUCGUGUGUCGUGCAGAGUGUUAGCAAGUUGAACGUCGAUCCUGGGAAUGGUGCUGCGGUAAUAUGCCAAGCCGGUAUAUUCCACGGCGGCAAGCCCCUAUGUGAAACACAGAAGACUCGGGCGGCCAUCAUGACGGACGGAGUGGCCGUAUGGGACCAAGAGCUGACUUUCCCCAUCAAGGUGUACAACCUGCCGAGAAUGGCGAGGGUCUGCUUCGGGGUCUACGAGAUCACGAAGAGUAAGAGUAAGAGGAGAGGAAAAGACUCAAAUAAGGAGGGUGUAAACAGACUGACGUGGUCGAACACAAUGAUAUUCGACUACAAAGACCAGCUGCGAACGGACGGCGUGACGUUGUCCAUGUGGACGCACGUAGCUGACGACACGCAAGGGGAUGAUCUGGUGCUGCAUCCCUUGGGCACGGUGGUCUCCAACCCUAAUACCGACUCUUGUGCCUCGUUGCAGGUUAAGUUCUCGAAUUACGACUGCCAAUACCCCGUGCUGUUUCCUAAAGAGGAGACCGUAAAAGAUUACUCGGAGGCAAUAGAGACCCUAGCUCCUGACGUGUUGGAGCGACUGAGCCGCGAGUACGACAGGCUGCGAGCGACGGCCGAGAAGGACCCCAUGUAUGAGAUGCACGAACAGGACAAGAAAGAUAUUUGGGCUUCGAGAGAGCGGUUCCGCCUCGAAGCACCAGAGCUACUCCCCAAGCUGGUCUCCUGCGUGGAGUGGGGCGAGCGCGGCGAGGCGGCCAGCGUGCGGCGCCUGCUGGCAGACUGGCCUCUACUCAGAGUCGAGUCUGCGCUGGAACUGCUGGACUAUGCAUAUGCUGACUGCGCUGUACGGUCCUUUGCGGUUAACUGUCUGGCUAGGAUCAGUGACAACGACCUACUCCUAUACCUAUUACAACUGGUGCAAGCGCUGAAACACGAGUCGUAUCUGAUGUGCGACCUCUCCGUGUUCCUACUGAAGAGGGCCUUCAAGAAUAUGACCAUCGGACACUAUCUGUUUUGGCAUCUAAGAUCGGAGAUGCACGUGCCGUCAGUAGCAGUUCGGUUCGGGCUGAUGCUGGAGGCGUACUGCCGCGGCUGUCAGGACCACAUCAACAGUCUCACGCGACAGAUCACGUGUCUCGAUAAGCUUAAGUGGGCGAGUCAGUGCGUGCGGAAGAAGAAAGAGAUAAAGCAAGCUCGAGCGGCCCUCAUUCACCACUUACAAGAGCAGCACUGCGUCGAAACACUCUGUGAUUUUGUGUCGCCGCUUAACCCUAGCUUUGUGUGCAAGCGCAUCAAGCCCGACGAUUGCCGCGUGAUGGACAGUAAGAUGAGGCCGCUAAAGCUUCGGUUCGAGAACGCGGACCCCACAGGGUCUGAUAUUAGCAUUAUAUUGAAGAUUGGAGAUGAUCUCAGACAGGAUAUGUUUACGCUGCAGAUGUUGAGGAUUAUGGAUAGGCUGUGGAAGAAUCACGGAUAUGAUUUUAGAAUGAACCCAUACAACUGCAUUUCGAUGGAGUACGCGGUGGGUAUGAUCGAGGUGGUGGAGGACGCGGCCACCGUCGCCUACAUACAGAAGCAGAGCGCACUGUUCAACGCCGCCUCCACUAUUUAUAAGUCUACUUUAUUACAAUGGCUCCGUCGCAACACGGAGAACAACGAGGCAGCUUUCAACAAAGCGGUGGAGGAGUUCACGAUGAGCUGCGCCGGCUACUGCGUCGCGACCUACGUGCUCGGCAUCGCCGACAGACAUCCCGACAACAUCAUGGUCAAGACUAGCGGCCAGCUAUUCCACAUAGACUUCGGUCACUUCCUAGGGCACUUCAAGCAGUGGUACGGGUUCAAGCGCGAGCGAGCACCGUUCGUCCUAACGCAUGACUUCAUACACGUCAUCAAUAAGGGACAGAAGGGAUCGGGAGACAACUUGCCUAUAGACUUCAAGAUAUUUAGGGAGCAUUGUGAAACGGCGUUCAAAAUCCUCCGCAAGCACGGGCACCUGAUUCUGUCUCUAUUCUCAAUGAUGAUCUCGACGGGUCUGCCCGAGCUCAGCUCAGAGAAGGAUCUGCAGUAUCUCCGUGAAACUUUGGUAAUGGACUUAUCAGAAGAGAAAGCACUAGAGCACUUCAGACAGAAAUUCAACGAAGCUAUGAAGAAUAGAUGGCAGACUUCCUUCAACUGGGCUAUCCACAAUAUCGACAAGAACAACUGACAGUGACCCGCGGCCCGCCGCCUCUCUGACAAACGUCACUAGGUAAC